AUGACCCUUCUGCAGGAGGUGUGGCCGCCUCUCACCGUCAGGUGUUCCCUGGACCCAACUGCAUUUUUGCCCGUAUUUGCAAUCCAGUUUCCUCCACUGAUCGUUGCUUUCCCUCUGCUCCCCAGCUCUUUCCCCCAGUCUGCCUAUCAUGUGAACCUCGGGGAGCACCAGCUGUCCAAUCCCUCCCCGAGCCAGGUCGCGUCCCCUGUGUGCCAGAUCCUCGUCCACCCUGAUUACAACAGGGGGACCCAUGCAUCCGACAUCGCCCUAGUGCAGCUGGCAGAGCCAGUGCGAUACACCGACGAAAUCCUCCCUGUCUGCUUGCCUGGCCCCUCCGACUCCUUCCCUGACAACCACAUGUGCUGGGUCACUGGUUGGGGGAGAAUAGACUCUGAGGGUAAGACCAUCCCCCAGGGGAGAUGCUAUCACUCUGUGACUCAAGCCCCAUGCUCCUGGAGCCCUGUGAUUCCUGCUGCAAGUGACUCUGGUGGGCCGCUUGCCUGUGACCACAAUGGGACCUGGUUCCUGACGGGAGUUGUGAGUUGGGGGGACAGCUGUGGCCAGCCCAAUCGUCCCAGUAUCUAUGUCCAGACAGUGACCUACGGUGAAUGGAUAUGGGGGCACGUGGUGUCCAGGGGCCAAGCCACAUCCAUGGAGAACAACAUCUCUGGAGUAAAUGAAGCCAGAUCCUCCUUCAGCACCUACACGCUUCUCUUCUCCACUCUCCUGAUGUCACUGUGACCCCCCCUUCCAUUGGGACGCCCCUCCAUCUCUCUCUCCUCCGUUCACCCAGCACUGAAACCCUCCACUGUCUGGGGGUAGUGCGAGGUGGAGAUGGGAUAGGAUCUGAGACCUAUCAGCAAUGCCUGAGUCUUCAGAAAGCCUGAGCCUAUUGCAAUGAGAAGGGAGGGCUGCCCUGAGUGUGACUGAGAUCAACACUGCCUGAGUGUGCAGAGAGCCUGAGCUGAUUGCUUGGAGAGGUGUGAAUUUCCCAGAAUGUGACCCAAACAGCAACACUUGCUGCAUCUCCAGAGAUCCUGGGUUGAUUUCACAGAGAGGGGUGAACUGGCACAAGUGUAACUGGUGCAGCAAUGCUGCCUGAGUCUGCAGAGAGCCUAAACUAAUCACUUGGAGAGAAGGGGCAGUGCUCCAAGCACCUCUAGGGGGCAGCGCUGGGGCAUGCAGACCAGGAAUGUUUGGGAUUGGCUCGCUGGGAGAUGGGCGGUCUAGGUGGGGCA